AUGGAAAUGGCCACUUUAGAUCGGGAAAUGGCUGAGGAAACUGCUGAAGUCCUCAAACUUGAACUAGAAGCCCUAAAACAAAAGACUGAAGAACUGGAGCUCGAAGUGGAGAUCUUGCGAGAAGAGAACUCCGAGUUUACCAAUGGCAUGUCUGCAGAUGAGCGAGCCAGUACUGGAUGGCUGCAAAUGGAAAGGAACAACGAAAGACUCCGCGAGGCCUUGCUUAGGUUGCGUGACCUCACCCAACAACAGGAGGAGGAAUUAAAAGACCAGAUCAAGGGACUGGAAGAAGAUAUGCAAGAGUUCACCACUGUCAAAGAGCAGUAUGAACUAUCCAAAGAGAAACUUGCGCAGGCGGAGACGACCGUCGAGGACCUUCGCCAACAGCUCGACAAUGCCUUGGGUGCUGAAGAUAUGAUUGAAGAUCUGACCGAACGAAACAUGAGUCAAGCGGAGCAAAUCGAGGAACUGAAGGCUGUCAUCGAGGACCUUGAGAAUCUUAAGGAGAUCAACGAUGAGUUAGAGAUUAAUCAUGUUCAAAAUGAGAAGGAAAUGCAAGAGGAACUCGACUUCAAGGACAGCGUCAUUGCAGAACAAGCCAGGAGAGCUGGCCAGCAAGAAGAGAGCUUAGAAGAUAUGGAGUACACAUUGUCUCGAUUCCGGGAGCUUGUCACGAGCUUGCAGAGCGACCUUGAAGACAUGCGUGCAUCUCAUGCAGUCACUGAGGAGGAAUCCGAGCAGCUCAAUAGCCGUUCACGGGCAAUGCUCGACCUAAACAUGAAGCUCCAGAUUUCUGCGGCUAAGGCCCAGGUCAAGACCAUUGACUUGGAAAUGCGUCGUCUGGAGGCACAAGAAGCAGAACAGCAUCUUGAGAUUGUCAAGUUAUUCUUGCCAGAUAGCUACCAAGCGGAUCGCGAUUCCGUUUUGGCUCUGUUACGGUUCAGGAGACUUGCAUUCAAGGCGAACCUUCUUAACGACUUCAUCAAGGAACGAGUCAAUGGUCAAGCACAUCCUGGUCAUGAAGACGACGUCAUCUCAGGCUGCGAUGCCAUUGACAAACUCACAUGGGUUACUGCGAUGUGCGACAGAUUUGUCAAUGCCAUCAGCCACUGCUCAUUGGAUCAAUUCUCCAAGUACGAAGGUGCACUCUAUGAGUUGGAACCCGUUGAGCGCGCACUGAAUGCUUGGAUCGAUGGUCUGAAGAGAGAUGACUUGAAGGAGAAACAAUGCGCUAGUGAGCUGCAGCGUACAAUUGCCUUGAUGACCCAUCUUGGUGAAGUACACAUCUCUGAUGACUUGGAGAGCUUUGCGGAUGAUGUUCACAUGAAGUCGCUCCUCAUGCAGAGCCAUCUGGAGUCAGCAGCUGUGGUGUUCACCACAAUGAAGAGCAUGGUUCAGCGAGUGAUUCCACCCGCCAGCGACGAAGAUGAACUUGCUCAGCAUUUCUCGAAGAGAACCGAUAAUGUCGUCUCAUCGACUCGCAGUGCCAAGGUCAUCGCUGGCAAAGCAGUGAGAGCUCUUGAGGAUCUGAAGAUGCGCUCACUUUCACUGGCACCCGAUACCCGUGAGGCAUUUGAGCAGUGUGAGGCAGCUAGUCAAGAGCUCGUGGAAUUGGCCCGCACCAUUGGCCUCAACCUCCAUCAACUCCUUCAAGAGGAGGGCAGAGCUGAGCCUUUCACAUACCUUGAGGUUCAAAGCUCUGUCCAGAAGACUGCCAGCCUUGUUUCUGGAGACAGCGAGUCUGAUCUCUUCUCGACGUAUCUUAACAAGCUGCGGAGCCUCACAAGCCAGAUCGCGGAUCUUGCUGCUCUCAGCUCUGAUCUUGGACAAACACAGGAGUUUGAAAGAAAUACCGCUCCCUGGAUCCUGCGUUCGCAGGAACUCAAGGCCAAGAAGGUCAUCCCAGUUGAUGCUGAAGAGGAGCUUCGUCACCUCAAAGAGGAAUACAGCCAGGCUCGCCAUACCAUUGCCUUGCGUGACCAGAGCCUCGGCGAAGCCAAUCUCAAGGUUGAGACCCUUGAGAGCCGCAUGCGCGAUGCCAAGGCCAAGACCGGCCGUAUUGCGGAUCUGGAGGCUCAGAUUGAGCAGUCCAAGGAGGCUCUUAACAGUCUCAAGGAGGAUAUUGAGAAGCAAGACCGUGAACUCAAGACUCUUGAGGCAGAUCGCGACAAGUGGAAGAAGAUUGCUGGCGACACUCGCGUCUUCAGCGAAACGGCCGCUGGUACUAAGGCAGGCGCCGAGCGGGCUGUGGCUACAGCACGGGAGAUGGAUGCUCUCAAGAACGAGAUCGCCAGCUUGCAGAGUGCCGUCAGGUACCUGCGCGAAGACAACCGCCGGGCAAGGCUCGCCGAGCAGAGGAACUACGACUGGCUCACCGAGCCACUCAAGAAGCCUCCGACUGUUUCUGAGCAAAGGAAGGCUCUCGUGGUCGCCGAAGGCAAAGACGUGCUAGGUGAGCUAGUCAAGCUAGCUACAUCAGCCAAGGUUUACGACCUGGGCUCUCUGCCCAAGGAUAAGCUGGCAUGGAAGCCUGCCAAGAGCACGCCGCAGUACCAUGCUGCGAAGCAAAUGGAGGACUUCGCGACUUGGCAAAGCUGGCAGGAGUCUGUCUUGAACAAAUCCCGCGUGGUGCUUGGUCAGCAAAGCAGCUCGCAGCAGAAUGUAGCAAAGGGGAAGGCCAUGCGAAAAGCCGCAGCCCGCCUACAGAUCAGAUUACCGGACCUGGACGGCAAGAUGAUACCCGGCAGUGGACGAGACGUCCAGAUCGUAGGUUCUCGGGAAUGGGAGGGGCUGCAAGGCAGGUCUGCAAUUGUGUAA